CUCCCACAGCUUGGCACAUGCAACACCCAAGAUCUUGGUGAACCUUCCCCAAAGCCAAUUCUGACCAAAAAAAAAAAUAUAGUUCUUAGUUCUUCCUUGCACCCGCAACGCUUGCUUUCCUUAGGUUGGAAUCAUAAUAGGGGUCCUUUGACCUAACCGUUGCCGUCUUGGCUUCUCCGCGGUUUUGUCGCCCACCGCGGCCCGACCGCGACCGCGACCGAGUCUUAGUUACCUCCUGAAUUGCUAUCACGCGAACUUCGACCUCGAAUGACCUCGAAUGACCUCGAAUUUUGAUCUUUAUUCCCAUAUAUCCAUUUCGAAUUGACGGCAGACGAACGGAUUCCCGUGUGGUGUCAUGUGAGGCACAACACGCCGUCAAUCGAGACUAGUCGAAUAGAUGGGUUCCGACUCGGGCAAACCGCAAAACUUGUCGCUCGACGAUCCACCGUCGAAACCCUCGUUAUUCUCGCGACUCACAUCCCCCCUUCGUUCCCGAACCCGUAACCUCGCCGAUUUCCACAUUCGUUUACAAGAACCUCAUCGCCAAUACUCUGCUGGCGAUCAUGUUCGAGGCCACGUCAUCCUCUCCGUUGUAAAACCGUUUCGUAUAACGCAUUUGACCGUUGCGCUGCAUGGUUUUGUACGCGUCUACAAGCAUGCUGGCGCUGGCGCGCAGCUUAGCCCCGUCAACCCCGCCGUAAUAUCCCAUGAUCGGAAUCGAAGCGUCAGGUACUUUGGCAAUGGCCUGGCCUCUCUCUUUCAGGAUGAACAAGUCCUUUGUGGUGAAGGGAGGCUUAAACCGAUGAGGUUCGAAUUUGAAUUCGACCUGAUAUUUCCCUCCAAGGGACUUCCCAGUAGCAUUGAUUUCGAGAGAGGAACCAUAUCCUACAUGGUCACAGCAACCCUAACCCGACCAACCUCCAUAGCUGCGACUUCUAGUUGCGAAACGAAAGUAGCCCUCGUCGAAAAGGUAGAUAUAGGCCUGCUGGUCCCUCCGCGAGAGCGAAAGGUAUGCAUGCAGACUUUGCGCAGACGACCGAAGAAGAGAAAGAAGCCGAUGCUUCCGAAUUCUUCCGCCAAGCGGGGCACGACUUCAAUAGAAAUACAAGAACAAACAUCAGACCUGGAUUCUACGAGGGCCAACGAAAAUUCAAACGGCAGUUCUGUAAGUAUUGGCGAGAUAACCACAGUACCACCAGGUGGAACCAACUUGCCGCGAAGUCCCUUGCGAAGCGAUUUGAUAGGCGACCUACAAAGCGAGAUCAGUGGCGACAGUGCCAUAAGCAACAAUAGUGGCUCUAAUAGUGCUAGGGGCGCUGAUGCGAGCGUUGAAUCCGUUGCUGCGAGCAGAGCAUCGGGAAGCGACGACAGAGAGAUCACUGCUACGGUCGAGCUGCUAAAAGCAGGGUGUCUUCCUGGAGAUAUGCUACCGGUGAAGAUCAAUGUCGAACAUAACCGUCGUAUGAAGAGUAUGCAUGGCAUUAUUGUCACGCUCUACCGUCAAGGUCGCGUCGAUUAUUCACCACCGAUAUCUCUGUUCACGGCAGAUCUAACUAAAGAGGAUGCCGAAAGGCUUGAGCGCGAAGAUUACUUUCCAAGGUCGAGGACUGGUCUGGGGGGUUUGUCAUUAUCGUCUGCUGGAUCCUGUAGUGUUUUUCGAAAGGACCUUUCUCAGGCCGUUGCGCCACUGAUUAUAGACCCCGCCACUCUCACGGCGAAUAUUACGACGUCGGUUAGAGUUCCAGAGGAUGUGUUUCCGAGCAUAAGAACUGUCCCGGGGGGUUUGAUUAGUUUCAAGUAUUAUGUUGAAGUUGUUUUGGAUUUGGGUGGGAAACUCGCUGGCCAGUCAACGGGGACAUCGCAACAGACAAGUAGGAUGGGGGCUUUGGGUGUUUCGGGCGGCAGUCCUGCUUCCACAGCUGGGGCAUACGAUAUCAAGAGACUUGCCAAUUGGAAUGGCACUAUAGUCGACACCGAUCAUCUAAGACGUGAGAAGGGAGUGAUAUCCGUUCCCUUCGAAGUUGUGGUUGGAACUAUGGAUUCGAGUCGCGCGCGGGGCAAAACGGUAGUGCGCCCAACGCUGACGGUACAACCACCCGCUUCCGAGGGUGCCAAUGUCGAAGAUACCGAGCUGGCUUACACAUGGCGGAACGAGUUUGAAGGCGUGGAUGGGAGUUAUUCCGAAAGGUCACCUCAUGGUUUCCCCCCUGGUGCAUCUCCUCAAACGUCAUAUUAUGACUUUCAAGACCAUGAACCCCAUGCUCCAGUCUAUAUACCACCACCAGAAGUGCCUCGAGAAAACGAGUUAUCGGAAAAGGAGCGUGUACGGCAGGCCGAACAAAGACUUUUGCCCAGUCAGCCGCUGCCACCGCCACAAGAUCCUUCCGAGUCCGAAGCCGGUCCCUCGCGGCUUUCUGCGCCGGCGGAGGUUUCUGCACAGUCAACUGAUAGCGUCUACCAACCUAAUGCCUAUACAUUCCUACCAGAACUUAAUGAUGUUGGCGAGGAGCCGUCAGCACCUUCACUCACAGACAUGACACCAACAGGCCCUUCCACAUCUCGUGCCGAUGAUAAGCAAGAGCUUGAGCGGCAACGGCUACUUCAGGAAGCCAGCGCACCUCCGGAAGUCCCAGAAGACUUUAAUGGGGGAGAGCCUUCGGCGCCACCUCCGAAUUCAUCGCAGACUCCAGAGCCAAGUGCUCCGCUGCUCCACGAUGAUCAAGAUUACGAGGCAACGGAUUCUUACCACGAGAUUGCCGGGCCUUCGGGGCGUGCCACAGGUUCAGAGCCAUUGCCAAGAUAUGAGCGGUGAUGGGUAUGUUGCUAGUCAGUGAUAGUGACAAGAUGUGUGAAGGUUUCUGUGUGAUACAGAUUCGUCAAAAGUAUCUGUCAUUUAUGGACAAGGUGGAGGCUUGUAUGAUACCCAACCAGCGCUUGGUAUAUUACGGUCGUUGUUAUUAUGGUUUUCGUUAUAUGAAAGGGCCAUGUUCUAGGUAUAAUCCUCGAUCAACUUGGACUGUUUAAGAUUCAAAAGCGCGUUAAAACAUGACAUUGGUUUAUUAUCACUUUACAAGCGUGCGCUAGGGGGAUACUGCCGCGGAGUCUGGGGAUUGGGAAGGUUUAUAUGCCUGGAUAGGUGUAUUAUAUCAUAGGCUUGGGGAGAAAAAGAUACCAAGGCUCGUUGAAUU